AUGGUAUUAACCAAGGAACAAUUGAAAGAAGUUGAAACUUCACUAAUUCAAUUGGCACAAAAAGAAAUUGGCCCAUUGAUCAAAUCCCAAUCAGGUACUAAGUUUGAAUCCUACGAGGACAAGGCCAACAAUGUUGACUUGGUUACAGUAGUAGACAAAAAAGUGGAAAGUAUCGUCCAAGAUUUUUUGAGCAAGAAAUAUCCCGAUUUUGCAUUCGUAGGUGAAGAAGGGUUUAUCAAAGGUGAGACCAAAAUUGGCGACAAGCCUACCUUCAUCGUCGAUCCAAUUGAUGGUACUACCAAUUUCAUUCAUGGAUACCCUUACAGCUGUACUUCUCUCGGUCUUAGCGAAAACGGUAAGGCUGUUGUUGGUGUCGUCCAUAAUCCACAUUUGAAUCAGACUUUCCAUGCCUCCAAGGGUAAUGGUGCAUUUUUGAAUGGUGAAUGUAUUCAAGUGACACCACGUCCCCUAAUUCUGCAAAAAUCUAUCAUUGGGUUGGAAUCAGGUUCAGAGCGUGCUGAAAGUCCAGGUAGCAACUUCGAAACCAAAUUGCGUACAACUAAUAACCUGUUGAGUGAAAAAGGUGGAUUUAUCCACGGUUCAAGAAGUCACGGUAGUACUGCAAUGGAUCUAUGCUACGUGGCUACCGGUCUUUUGGAUGCAUACUGGGAAGGUGGCCCAUGGGCUUGGGAUGUCUGUGCCGGCUGGUGUAUCAUAGAAGAGACAGGUGGUAUUAUGGUUGGUGCUAACCCUGGUGAAUGGGAGAUCCCAUUAGAAAACAGGCGCUACUUUGCAGUUAGAGGUGGUGCCAAGAAAGAGGAGCAGACUUGGUUCGUUGAGUCUUUAUGGUCCCACGUCGAGGGCAGGUUGUCGUACUAA